AGGAGGCGGCCGCUUUGCGAGCUCUUCGAUGCACACCAGCGCCGAUGCGGCCACAUCUCGGAGGGCACAGGAGUGUCCAUUCAAUUUACAGGAGCCGUGUGCCAGUUUUUAUGUUUCUUUGGUACUUCGCUAAUCUCGUAUUGACUGCUAGAAACUUCAGCUCCGGAGACUCAGAGGCAGGAGGUCUUGCGCAGAAAAUUUGUCAGUACUGUUGCGUGAGGAUACAUGCAGCACGGCGUACGGAGGGGCUCCGAAAAGCUUAGAAUCCGAUGGCUCUCGCCACAUGCCGUCCGGAUUCUUGUCAACAAACAAGUAACGUGACCGCGAUGCCAGCCUCCCCUCCGGAAAGGUAUAAAUAUCCCCUUUCCCUCACCUUUCCAGCUCCAAACACCUCUCACCUCAACCACCACCAUCUAAUCUCCCCUUGGCUGCAUUCUCUGCCCUCGACAUGGGGCAAGGUGGUCAUCAACCCUUCCUACCCACUACCAGGGCCGGGCAACGACAGCAGGAGCUGUACGCGGCUGGCAGAUACCGCUAGCCUCGUCGACGACAGAAAGCUUCUGGUGAACCUCGACAUCGUCGAGUCGAUCCCGGUUGCAGUCGUUGACGGGGUUCCCGUACAGGCCUGUCGGUGGUACCGGACCAGCGUCAAGGGCGAUGUUCUUGCAACGAUCGCGGCUCGCGUCGAAGACAGAGCUUUGCCCAAGGCGAGCAAGCAGCGCAUACCACUCUUCAGUGUCUCUACUUGCACCGGGCAUCGACAGCAGGAGCUGUACGCGGCUGGCAGGAACCGCUAGCCCCUCCGAUGAUAGAAGGCUUCCGGGAACCUUGGCACCGCUGAGUUGAUCCUGGUCGCAGUCGUCGGCGGGGUUCCCGUACAGGCCUGUCGGUGGCACUGGACCCUGCGGCAAGGCUCGAGUUGCUCGGUAAGCUGCUCUUUGACUCCCAGCGUCGGCACUAAACGUACCCUUGACAGCCUCUACCUGGAGCACGCUCGCUAAUAAGGCCGCCGAGGCCUAUACGUGUAAAUGAAGCUCAAACCCUCGAACAACCCGG